GUACGGAUGUGACUAUCGAUUUCAUAGAAGAUUGUGCCAUAUUUGAAAUAUUUGAAAUGGUGUUAACUAAAGACUCUGGGAUCCAGGAAAUGGAUCGAGGUAAAUACGAAGAAAAAGUAAUUUUGGAAUUUGAAGUUGGGAUUUUUUUAUGUUUGUUGGCGAUCGGUAAUAAUGGUGUUCUUUCAGUAGAGGAAUUAGUAUUGCUGGAUUCAGCUUUCGUCAUAUACUCCAUAUCAAGUUCUGUUGAUUCUGAUGACAUUUUAUCGUCUUUCGAUCAACGUUUGGCGCAAAAUUUUGAAGGAAAAAUGAAAAAUGAAAGUGACUGCCUGAUUAUUCCCUUGGUGGAAAUGGUCAGCGAAAUGCGGUCAGUGAUGAGAAGAGUGAACGCAAAAAGCCCUGUAUUUAUCUUAAACGACAGUAACACUAUGUUAUUAUAUGUAAUAUUAAAAAUCAAACAAGGAUCAGGAGGUAGUAUGCUUCUUUGGAAUCCAGAAUUAAAAAUUGGCUUUGGAUAUUGUAUGAAUGCUUUUCAUACAGCAUUAUCCGGUGAUAAGAGAAGUUUGAGAAUGUUACGUGAAGUUGUUGACACCGUCAAAAAUCUUAAGAAAUAA